AUGGCAAAAAUAUUACCAGACGAAAGCUUCAGAGAUAUCUUUCUCCAAGGCACGACCUCAGUUUCAUAUUCAAAUUUCACAACAAACAAAGUUAAUACAGCAAGGCAGAAUCCUUGGACCUUGAUUUUUCAAUUUCUCUAUAAACAGUUUCAGCUCUUCCCGAACAUUUGAUUUUUAUUUAUCUCUAUCUUGGAAAUUCUUGAUUCUUCUCAUGGAUGAGGCACAGUGCUUGUUUUCAGUCUUAUUUUGUCAAUAAAUUUUGCAAAAGAUGUUUACAGGUUUUAUUGGCAUUAUACAAAUGACUGAAAAGUAAAUCAUAGGAUAGUCUCCGUUUGAAAUGGCUCAGACUUUGUGGAAAAAUAUUGGGAAGACCUUAUGGUAGGCGAAAUCAUUUUAUUGAGAGAUAGCGACAUUGCACCAGCUGAUAUUCUCAUUCUUGGAUGUGGAAAUCCAGAAGGGGAAUGCUACGUUGAUACCUUUGAAGUUUUAGGUGAGCGCAAUUUGAGGGUAAAAAGAUCAAUUAAAAGUAUUCAAGCUAUAAUAAUUUCUCUUGAAAUGACUGAAGCUGCACAAUAUUUAAAGAAAUUAGAUGAAAUUAUUAAAGUAUCACAUCCGAGGAAGAAUUAUAAGAAAUUUAAAGGGAAAAUAAACAUUCGAUCACCCAAGCCAGACUUGAUUUCAUAUAAAAAUUAUAUUAUGAGAGGGGAAAUGAUAGUAAACUCCUCAUGAAUUUUUGCAAUUGUUAUAUACACAGGGACUGAAUGCAAAAUCUAUAUGAAUACAGUCGCAAAGCCAAAGCUGUCAAAAUUUGAUAAAAAAUUAAACAUCGUGGCUUUAUGGCUUCUUUUUAUUAUUGCUUUAUUGGUGCUUAUUCAAAUGCUAGUUGGUGUUUAUAAAGGAAAUCAAUUUUCAAACCCCACUUCUAUUUUAUUUAUAAACGCUGUCCUUAUUGUCCACCAAAUAGUUCCUACAGAAUUAUUCUUAUGUAUCGAGCUUAUUAGGAUUAUUCAAGCUUGAUUUAUCCAAAGAAAAUACCAGGGGAUUGAAUUCAAAACAGGCAGUAUGAGUGAAGACUUGGGCCAAGCUGAAUAUAUUUUAGUUGAUAAGACUGGGACUUUGACUAAAAACCAGCUGUCAGUUCAAGUCUGUAUUAUUGGUGAAGAAUUUUACUGAAAAGACCAAUGUGAAGAAACUGAUUAUUUAUAUGAAGGAAUGUCACCUAAGAGCGGAUCGAGACUUGUCCCACCAGGCUCAAGUGACCCGCGCAGAGAACGAUUCAAAUCUGAAAUGCAGACUUUUUCACAGCUGAGGCUAGAAUUAGCACAUCAUGGCUUGUGCAGCGAGCAAAUGAAGAAUUUUGCCUUGUGCAUGGUUUUGUGUAAUUAUGCUUAUCCUAUUUCUGAGUCUGAUUUUACAGCAAUUUUAGAAGAUGACAGGGUGUUAGUGAAAUGUGCUCAAAAUUUAGGCUUAAAUAUGAUUUUGAGGACACAGUCUACCAUUGUGAUUGAUGUAAAUGGAGUUCCUAACACUUUUAAAAUUCUUGGAGCGCUGCCUUAUUCCCCUGGGCAGAAAAAGACAAUGAUCUUGGUGAGCAAUUCAAAUGUUUCUGGGUCUUUAUUAUUUGUAAAAGGUGAAAAAGACGAAAUGCUUGAUUUAUUUGACUUAAGCAAUGAAAUAAAAUUUACAAUAGAAGAAAACACAUUAUCCAGAAGCCUUAUUGGCAUGAGGACAAUUAUCUUUGGCUGUAAAGUCUUAUCUGACCAAAAAACUGAGGAGUUUAUCAGUGACUAUAAAAAUGCAAGAUUAUCACCUAUUAAUAAACUGGGGAGAAUUGAAACAGUUUUUGAAAAAUACCAAAAUAAUUUAAACUAUUUAGGAAUUGUUGGCCUUGAAGAUAUUGUCGCAGAAAGCACCCAAGACACUGUCCGCCUACUAACAAGAGCAGGAAUCAAGUUUUGGAUUCUAUCAGGGGAUACUGAAGAAAGUACUUUAAGGGCAGGAGUAAGAUCUGCUAUGUUUGAAGAGAACGUCAGAAUUAUCAGGAUGACUGAUUUUAUAUCAGAAUCAGAGUGUAUAGAAGUCAUGAUCAAUCAUAUACAAAACUGCAUUUUUCAUGAUGAAUUAUCCUCAGGAGAUUUAAGUGACGCUUCUUUGCUUGAUCAUGAUAACGAAACUUUAAAUAACCGUGAGCGAAUCCGAUCUGAGCCUUUAAUAAUUGGCACAAAAGAUGAACAAAAAUCAGUCCACAGCACAAGUGACCAUAAUUCAAGCAAAAUUAAAGAACAAGAACAUGACCACCAUGGAUUCCGUGGAGUGAUGCUCCCAUUAAUUUCAAAAAGUGCUGAUAUAAAGAUGAGCAUUUCCCUUACAAAAAAAUUUAAUUAUAAAGCUGUCUAUUUUGUGCUGUCAAUUGAUAGUGAAAGUCUAGAAUUUGCCUUAAAAUCUGAAGAAAGCAGAAGGUACUUUGUAUGUUUGCUUUUUGCAGCGCAGUCUGUAUUUUUUCACUCAAUUUUGCCACAUCAAAAGAGAAAAAUCGUUCAAUUGCUGAAAAACUGUUUUCGAUUUAAGCCUACUGUAAUAGCGGUAGGAGACGGAAGCGAUGAUGUAGGGAUGCUCCAAGAAGCUCAUAUAAGCAUUUCUUUAAGGAGAAGUGAUGUGACUGAUGCAGAAAACGCAAGCGAAAUAGUGAUUGAUGAGUUUGCUCAGCUUCGAGAGCUGGUUUUGUAUGAAGGGCAUAACUGCUAUUUUAGGCUGUCAAAAGUUAUAUUAGGAAGUCUUUAUGCGAAAUUUUUUAUGGCUUUUAUUCAAUUUUUUUAUAAUGUCGUUUAUAGCUACUCAGGGAUAAAUGUUUUUGGAUUUGAAUUAGAGCUGGUUUAUGAGCUGAUAGUAACUAUUGUUCCUAUAUUAGGGAUUGGAUUAUUUGAUAGUCAGGUGACAGUUCGAGAAAUAUUGGAAAUUCCUCAAGUUUAUUGUACAGGGAUUUACAAUACUUUGUUAACUGCGAAUAUGCUAGUGAUACUUACUUACUUAUACAUUAAUAGACGUCUGCCGUAUUGUUAACGCAGUCACCAAGGACCCAGUAUUAGGGUUCACCUGCUUUGCGGUAUAGUCUCAACUGGCCAUAGAGACCAGCCAAGGAGACAUACACCUCCUCCUUCCCUCGGAAACCCGCGGCUUAAGUUUUGAGUAGGCGGGCUAUGGAUUUCUGCGGCUACUGCUUGAGUUGACGAGAGUUGGCUUCCGAAAUUCCAAAAAAUGGAAUUUCUGAUCAUCUUUCGGCAAAAAGGGAAAUUCCAAGUUCUGGGACAUAACUCCCAGUUUCACGCUAGGUAGUUGCCCGAAUGGUCUAGGCGUUGCCUGUAGACUCUGCUGGGCUUACCCUUUCCAAACCUGGGCUUCCUUUCCUCUCGAGGAGAAAAUCCAUUCUGGUCGUUGAGCAUGGGCCAGGCUCUGCUCUGCAGAAUUGCUUACCUUGGCAUUGUUGCUCAUUUCCUGAAUGGCAAAACCUUGCCGGAUAUAAUUAAAAUAUGAGUCGAGUAUGUAUGGCCGAGAGGCCAUACCCAGACGAAGACACCAUAUUUUUUAUAUGCUAGUGAUACAUCCAUUUAUGGGAUUUCUCCAUGGAGUUAUACUAAUUUUCGUACUUUGUGGGACUGUUUCCCAAAUUGUGACCUCAGAUGGCUAUACAAUGAGUUAUGAUUUGCUUGGUUUUAUUGGCUAUAUUGUAAUGUAUAUCACUUUUUCGCUUAAUUUGAUACUCAGAACAAACAGUUGAAAUGUCUAUACAAUUGGCUCACAUAUUGUUACUUUAUUAUUAUCACUUCUAUUUCUGCUUUUACUCACAUAUAAUGAAAUUCCUUCAGACGCUUUGAAUGGCAUGACAGAAAUGAUAGGCCAGAGUUCACUCGCCUGAAUGAUUAUAAUAUUUCUUCCAUUAAUCCUAUUAAUGAUUGGUAUUAUAGCUAAGCGCAUUAUAAAUAAAAUCUACCCUGACGAUAUCCGAAAAUUGCAAGAAUUAAAAGAAAAUAACAUUGAGCCAGAUGUAGACUCAAGACUUAAAUUUUAUAAUACAAGAUUAGGAGAUGUGUAUGUGGAAUCACACAGCUGAAAUCAACGAGUAAUUCGUGAUACUUUUGAUAUUAAUAAAUACACUUUAAAGUUUGUAUCAAAAUAUAGAGAAAAAGAAUAUAGCAAGGGUCUAUUUUGGAUCUCAAUAGGCUAAAUAAUACCUAGAGGAUUUGGUUUGAGAGAUAUAAUUUCCCAAGUCAAAUCCACUAGUUGAUUGGGCUUCAUAUAGCCCAUGGCGAUCCAAAAGAGAACUUAGGCUAUACCAAGGAAUCCAAACUGAAUUGAAUUUGGUGUUCUACAGAGUCUUGCUAUUUUUAAAAGCUUGUGGCAUAGGCGCAUAUGUAAUAUAUAGAAUUUGUCAAGAGGAAGGAGAUAUGGAAAAAAAGCAUUAUAUGUUUUUAGUUCUUAUCUCAGAACUUUUAUUUACGCUGAUUUCGUUCACCAAAGUUUUUAGGCACUACAUGAAGAAACUAAUAAUACUGAAUUAUUUAUUCUGCAAUAUCGUCCUAGUCACAGUGUGAUUUGCCACAGUUCCUUCAUCACACCCCGUGUACAUUAUUUUCUAUAUGCUUGGAUUUAGCAUUUUUUGGCUUGAAAUUGUAAUUUGUGGCUUAAUUUUCACGAUGUCGACUUGAAUUUCUAUUUGUUUUUACUUUUACUAUCUUGACUAUGAAAGAGAUGAUAUUAUUCUUGGCUCAUUUGAAUAUAUGAUUUAUUUUUUAGGCAUUUAUUUAGCAUCUGCAUCUGUAGGCUACAUUUUGGAUAAAACUAAACGAUCUGAAUAUAUUAUGGCUCAAAACGUUAGAGUAGAAGUGGAUAAACCUUUAGCUCCCCCAUCAUGAGCAAAAUUUUUUUGAAAUCUUAUUAUAAAAAUUAUGCUUUAAAAUUCAAAUUUUACAGAAUUAAUUUGAGAUUCAUUAUAAUAAAUAUAAUUAAAACAUUUAUAUUAAAAAGUUUUGCUCACUCACGGAAAUUUUAUCCAUGGCCCUACUUUUCAUAGAGGGGAGGUAAGCAUUCUCAAUUUAUUAUUACCUUCAAGUGUUUCUAGAAGGGUCAAAAAUGGGGACAGAUCAUUCGCUGAGGACCAAGGAAUUGUAAGUGUGAUUUUUUGUGACAUGAAUAAUUUUGAUACAAUUGUAGCAAAUUAUUCCCCUCAAGAAUUGACAGCUUUUCUGGACGAAGUGUUUGGGAAAUUUGAUAAAUUAUGCGAGCAAUCUGGUGUAUCUAAAAUAGAGACAGUUGGGAAAACCUAUAUGGCAUGUGCAGGUCUUACUCCCCCCCCCCUCCGUGAGUGAACAAAACCAUUAGAAAAAUCGCCAUUUUUUGACCAAAAACCCACCCUCCGUGAGUGAACAAAAAUGUUUUUAAUACAAAAAAUUUUUAUGGAAAAAAAAUUUGAUAUACAAAUGAUAAUUAGCAUAAUGAAAUCUAGAGCUAAUUCUGUUUAAUUUUUAAACGAAUUGCUUUUUAAAACAUAAAAUUUUACCAAAAAAAUUAAUAUUUGCUUUCCAAUUUUUACAAAUUAGAUUUUUUUAAAUUUCGAAAAAAAAAUAUUUUUUAUAAAAUUUAUAUAUAAAUUUUUUUAAAAAAAACAAAAAUUAACCCCUCCGUGAGUGAACAAAAAUUUUUUUGUUCACUCACGGAGGGGGGGGGAGUUAGCAUUUUUGAGUCAGAAAUGGACCCAAAUCUAACCUGUGUUUCUCAUGCUAGGAGAGCUAUAGAAUUUGGGUUUCUUGUUAUAAAAACUGCCAAAGCUAUUUUUUUGAAGAAUGGCGAAGAAUUAAGCUUUAAAAUUGGGAUAAAUAGCGGCCGCGUAGUCGCUGGAGUUGUAGGAAACCAUAAACCACAAUUUUCUUUGAUAGGAGACACUGUUAACACUUCAAGCAGAAUGUGCUCCACAAGCACUGAGCCGAAUCGCAUACAAAUUUCUAUGAGCACAUAUGAUUUACUUGAUGAAAAUGAUAAACAAGGCUUAAAAUUCAUCCCAAAAGUAGUGUGGGUAAAAGGCAAGGGUGAUAUGAAUACAUUUAUGGUCAGUUUAGAAACCAAAGCAGAUGGGACAAAUUCACUUGAAAACUUCCAAACCCACCAGAGAAAUGCGGCUGUUAAUCAAUCUUCACCUAAUAAUAAUAUACAUACAGCAAAUAUGAGGAGUAUAGGCGAAAAUGGGUCACUAGCACAAAGCGAGGUCCAUAAGCGCAGAACUUCACUUAUUGAUUCGUUAGAUAUCAGAGAAGCAAGAGAACUGUUUGAUAGGUCAAAUACUGAUACAAUAGAAAAUGUUCAGAUUUUUUCUUUUAGAUGCAAUGAGUCUGCGAAAGAAAGGGAAUUCAGACUUGAGGCUAUUGAAAACAAGCUACCUAUGUAUUUUGUCGGGCUUUACAUAGGAAUAAUUGUGUUUAUUUUAUCAAUUAUUUUACAAAUUAUAGCUCUUAUAAUUGACAAAAAAGACUCUGAUAUAUCUUUUAUGGUAAUUUCUGGAGCUGAAGCUUGCAUGUUCGCUUUUAUUUCAUAUUUUUUGAAAUUUUACUACAAAAAGAGGAGAUUUGCUUGGAUUAUGCAGGCGACUUUUAUUUCUGGCCUUGUGCUGAGCAGUACACUAAUGUCAUAUAACGAUCAGGUAUAUAUAGAUAUUCAAUGCAUUUUUGGGAUGUAUUGGAUCUUACUAAUGACUCACACAUCAGAGCUGUUUUUCCAUUGAAUUCUUAUGGUUUCUAUACUUGUUCUUACGCCUUGGGUAAUUUUAGUUUUUAUAUUCCAGGACUCUUUCAACAAAGUUUUCAUUGUUUUCGCCAUAUGGUACAUCAUCACUGCAUUUUAUACUCUCCAUCACAAAGAAAAAUCAAUGAGGACCAGUUACCUUUUAAUCUCAGCUGGAAAAAGCGAAAUAGAAAAAACUGACACCUCCCUUGAUCAGGAAGCAUAUUAUUGAUAAAAAAAAAUAGGUGAAAUUAGCCCUACCUGUUAAAAAGUCAAUUUUGUUUAUAUAAUUAGAAUAUUUUUAUAAUAAUUAAUGCGAAUUUUCUUUAAAAUUUGAGUUUUAAAUCAGAAAAAUAAAAAAAUAUCAUCUCUAUACAACGGGGAGUGAGAGAUUGCUAAAAAAUAUGAUGCCUCCACAUGUAUAUCAAAAUUUAAAAGAAGAAAAAAAUAUCACUGAGCUUAUUAAGGAUGUUACUUUAAUCUAUGCAGAUAUUGUAGGGUUUACAGCUUGGUCUGCAAAUCAUGCCCCUGAAGAAAUCGUUAGAAGGCUAUCAGAUUUAUUUACAAGUUUUGAUAGGAUGUGUGAAGAGCAUCACGUCUAUAAGGUCCAUACAAUUGGAGACUGCUAUGUAGCUAUGGGAUAUAGAGAAAAUAAUAGAAAUCCCCAGAAAGAAUGCAUGAAUAUGGUAAAAUUUGCACACUCUAUGAUUGAGGUUAUUGAAGAGGUUAAUUAUAAGUAUGGGAGCGAGCUAAAUAUGAGAAUUGGCAUGCAUACAGGUGAUGUUAUUGGGACGAUGUUUGGGACAAAUAUUGUGAGAUAUGAUAUUUAUGGGUCUGAUGUGCUGAUCGCGAAUAAAAUGGAAAGCAAUGGAGAAGCAGGGAAAAUUGUUGUAAGUGAUUAGAUUAGAUUAAGAUCUAGCGGGUCUCUGGGAUUAUUUCAGCCCUAACGCAGGUUCGAGUGGCCCUAAUAACCUGGAUUCACGCCAUGCCCUUUUCGUGUAGACUUCACCAAAAAAUGGUAACGUCAGCAGUCUCUAGGGCAGACUCACCUGACCAUGCUGGGGUCAGCUCUAUAAAAGAGGAUUCUCUUAGCUCUGGAGCGCUCAGGACAUGAAGGAAAUGCCACUAUCUCCUUCAGACUACCCUGCCCAAUCGGGCAGAUAAAUUGCUUCCCAGAAGUCCAAGCCUACUUUCCUCCUUUUAAUUUUAGCCUGUGGGAUAAGGAAAAAAUCCUGUCAUGGAGUCCUGGCCAGGCUAAAGCUCUUAAAAAAUAGGAUCGCUUAAAUGAGGCUGGGAUCAAAUCACCAAUCAUUCUGGCCUUUCUCAACUCGCCAUUAAAAAUGUUAUAAGUGAAGAUACUAAAAUACUUAUUGAAACUUAUAAGCCUGGGAAGUACCAAUUCAGCUUUUUAAAAGAAAUUCCGCUACAAUCUCUGGAGAGGACUAUAAAAGCUUUUAUGUUGCUCGAUAUUUCUGGAGAUUUAGACACUUACUUACUUACUUACAUAGUCUUUAAGGUGUCUAGUGCCCACACCCUUAAUAAAAAAGGGUCAAAGCGACAACUAGUGACGUCACCAAGCCAUCUUGGAAUAUGUGGUCAGCCCACACCCAAGCCUUCUAUAAGGCUAGUCGCCAGAUAAAUUGCCGCACAUCUCACCCGGCGCGUUGCCGUCGCUCGCUCCGACUCAGCUCCUGCGCGUGUUCCGCCUAAGGGUCAUCCUCCCGUGGGGACGUGCUGAGAGGUAAAACUCCGAGUGUCUUGAAUGCACUGAGGAGCCGUGCCUUUGGUUAUCCCCAAAGUUAAACGGCUGUUGCUGUGCAGAAGUUCUCAAGAGAAAACCCAAACCCCAUAAAAUAAAAAGGUAUUCGGUUCGAGAGAAAUUGGCUCUGCCAAUUUUCUCUCCCUCAUGGAAUUUUAUUUAUGGAGAUUUAGACACAAGUUUAAGAUUUCAUUAA